AUGUUUUAUCUAAGUGUGCGGGAGAAAGGUGCUGGUUUAGUUGUGAUCAGCUGGAUUUGCCUGGCUGUACUGUGCGCCGCAUCUACGGCGCCUUGUGACAAGACUCGGAGGGUGUUCACGGAUCAAAGCGGCAUUAUCACCGAUGGACCAACUAACUCUAACUACACACAAGACUCCCAUUGUGAGUGGCUCAUCAAGGCAGCUAAUAAAAGCCAGUACAUUACGUUAAGUUUUAUUCGUAUGGGUACAGAAUGUUCCUAUGACUAUGUGUUUGUUUAUGAUGGUGACUCAUUCGAUGCACCAUUGCUCGGAAGUUUCAGUGGGAAAACUGAACCACAAAAUGUUACCGCUUCUAGUGGAUAUAUGUUAAUAUUACUGUAUAGUGAUACUAAUUAUGUGUUGGAUGGUUUCCGAGCCACAUAUGCCAUACACAACUGUCCCAACAACUGCACGGGCCGGGGACUGUGUGUGUCCAACAAGUGUUUCUGUGUGGGUAACUGGGGCGGGCCUGACUGCAGUGUGGAACUAUGCCGCAAUGGAUGCUCAAGCAAUGGCCAUUGUAAAGGAGAUAGAUGUGCAUGCAAGAAAGGGUAUUCUGGUGAAUCAUGUUCUCUCAAGAAGAAUGACAAGGAAGGCAAUAGUUGGCACUGGUUGUCACAUACAGAAAGUGGAAUGACCAAAAGAGCGGCCCAUACUGCAGUCUAUGUCAACCACACAGACUCUCUUUAUGUUUUUGGAGGUUAUGAUCUGAACAAAGUGCUUGGUUUAUUGGAGGUUUACAGGUUCUCAACUAGUCAGUGGUAUGAUGAAAAUGGAAAAGUAUUACGCAGAUAUCCUACAAAUGAGGAAAUUGAUAAGUCUUUGUUGACUUUAUUUACUAAGGGUAAUGUUGAUGGCAGCUGGCAAAUAGGCAACAGGAGCUCUUUGUUUAAUUUACUUCUAUCUUCAUUCUCUAACCAUGAUAAGACAACACUACCGCUCAUGUACUCUCAUGCACCAACACCAUACUCUGAGAGCUAUUUACAUUUUACUGAGCAACCAGAGGUAGUAAGUAAUGUCAUGAAGGAUAACACUACCAAACCUGAACCAAGGUAUGGUCAUUCUGCCUGUGCAUUUGGACCUGGUUUCGUGCUAUAUGGGGGUAAGCUCUCUGAUGGGAGCUUGUCCUCUGAACUAUGGAUGUAUGACGUCACGUUAAACCUCUGGACUCUGCGCGCUGUGAACGCCACCUUCACCCCACCGGGGCUGACUCGCCACACACUAACCGCCGUCAAAGAUGAAUUAUACCUCUUUGGUGGCAGUACGAUGGAUGGAGAGUUCUCCUCAAGUAUGUACAAAAUAAAACUUGAUGACGUAAACACGGAGACUUGGGAAAGAAUACAAGUGAGAGGUGGUAAGGAAUUGGAUGUUCGAGUAGUCGCUCAUACUGCUGUGUAUCAUACGCAUUCUAAUUCGAUAUUGGUGUACGGAGGCGUGGUUGCCAGUGUUGCGCGGUUUUCAAAGCUCUCAGAUCGGAUGUUCGCUUUCGACAUAGAUUAUAAACACUGGAGUGAGAUACACUAUCCUCGCGCUCAUUUACGAGACACGUAUGUGCCAAGAGAGAGGGCGUUUCAUACGUCAACUAUUAUUGGAAAUUAUCUAGUGGUAUUUGGUGGCUAUUCUCACCGUCACAAUAGAGAAGAGAUCUGUUAUGAUGGUCAAAUGUACAUCUACCACUUGGGCUGUCACUCUUGGAUUCCAUUGGACGUGUUGGGCAAAGUGCGUCGGUUCUAUCCGAAGAAGCAAGGCGUGUUUGCGCACGCGGCGGCACUGAGACCACCGUCUACUUUGUUAAUUGCUGGUGGUUACCAUGGCAACGUUAACGGAGAUUUAUUAGCCUAUGUAGUACCGAGUUGGCAAGCAGGCAUUACCAAUAGCGACCCGGAGUCGGCCUGUCGACGUCAUCGAUCUCAACCGGAGUGCUUAGCGGACCCAGAGUGUGGAUGGUGCUCGGCAGACGACACAUGCUAUGGUAGAAGAAUAGGAGCUAACUGUACUACAAACCUGCAGUCUAUCCGAUGUGGCGGUAUAUGUCCAGCGCUGGGCGACUGUCACUCCUGCCUCAUCCACGGGCCGUCGCCCGGGGCCAACAGUAGUCGCACGCCUCUACCUUCCGUCAGUACUAAGCUGGGACUCGACCAGUGCAACUGGUGUGUCCAAAUGCUCGGUGUCAUCAUAAAGAUGAUAAUUAUGGUGUGUGCGGAGAAGAUACACCAUCAGAAAACCCUGGCUGGUGGGGCACUACGGGCACUGAAGUCACAACGCCAGACGAAUGUAAAAUACUAG